CUACUAUUCUGAAGUACUAACAAACUUUAUGAACGCCUUGAGAAACUGGGCGCUAAUUUAUUGUGCAUUUUAAAUGAGAACUGAGUUGAAUUGAAGUCUGUAUAUUUUGGAGCAAGACUUCAGCAUCGGGAAUUGUUAUCUAAUUAUUUGCGUGGAAAAUGCAUAACGGCAUAUGCUACUCUACUCUCCUUAGGAUACAGAUUUUACUAACUAUAUUCAGUGGAUAUUUGGCGGAGAAUGACCAGAGUGAUUCCCUAUCGAGCCGUUAUCGGCGGCAAGCCGGAGCCUACAAUUAUCCGGGAUCCUACCAACCACCACGGGCACCGUAUGCCGGGUCAGAGUACCGUAGCCGUAUGAACUACAAAGUCCGCACCAGUAACGACUACGGUCCUGACCCCGAUUAUAAUUCCGAUCGUGACAACUACGACACCGGACGGUACAGCUCAAAGGUCAACUACUAUGAAUCACCGGCGUCCGGCGCAUACAGUUCUUACGACGGUUCUUACGAUCGCAGUAACGCCGACUACAGCAGUUCAUCGCGUUACGACAAUACCGGCAGCAUCAGUUAUCCACGCGGAAACCGGACAUUGAACUACGACCGGAAUGACAAUUCGUAUAAUGGCUACGGAAACCGAAAUGAUUACUCCUAUAACGACAACCGCAACUACGGUCAACGCCUGUCCUAUUCCAAUAACACGUACGGGUACAACGAUGCGUAUAAUAACUAUAAUUCGAAGGAUUAUUCUCGCUCGGAUUACGGACGGCAGGGAUCGACAGCGUACACAUCAGGAAGAUCUUCAUAUGGCCGUAACGACUACAACCAGUAUACAUCCAAUUAUCGCAACCGGAGUUAUGAUAACAAGUACAACUAUAAGUACGACAACACCUGUCCCAAGUGCCCGGAUUGUCCGCCGGCCUGUAACGCAACCAACGUAACUACGACCACCCCGGUGAAUUCCACAAUCCAGGAUUUUACGCAGCUAUCGGAUCUCUGUGAUGAGACUUACAUCAACCAGUGUGCCAUACCGUCGGCUCCGUUUCGCUGCACAGCUGCCGAGUGCGAACAGGCCGCAUCGGAAGGGUUACCCAUAAAAAUCUUCUCCCCGGGACAGGUCAAUGUCUCCCAGUGCGUAUUCCGGAAAUUUCAGACCGAGCUUUUUACCUAUGACGUGUGCCAGCAGACUGGUUCCAGCGCUAACGUUCUAAACUUGACACCGGACAACCGGCAGAAUAUCGACUGCGUCGAAACAACCCAGGUGGAGUGUUUAUGGGCCCAGAAAGGAUCCGUCUAUGUCCGCGAUCCGCAGCUGUGUUUCAAUCUCUGGUCGCUGACGCAACCCGUCACACUGCACUGCUCUUUGUACAUUUGGAACGAUUCGGGACAAGUUCAGGCCUCGGAAGAUGUCGAAAUCAAUGUCUUUCCCGAUUGCCGGUGCUGAUACACUACGAGGAGUCACCAUAAACCAGAACCCCGGAAAUUAGCGUACCGGUUGCGCCGGUUAUGUGUACACGAUGUAGAUUUUGCUGCACAAAAGUUUUUCUGUUUACUAUGUACCAUAGCAAUAAUUGUCUGCUUUGCCCGUAAUUUUGUACAAUGCGCUGGUUGAUCUUAUCUGCAUUUAUCGAAAUAAAGAUAAUGCCGUA